AUGGCUUAUGACAAGGAUGAAAGAAAUGUGUUCACUUUUACUGAAACUUCAAGCUUCAGCAUCUCCAAUGCCAGCUCCAGGGACAGUCUUCAGUAUUCCUGUACUGGCAUCCAGAAAGGUGUUUUUAGCUCAUGGCUAGAAACUUCAAAAAAGAAUAAGAUCUCAGUCAAAGCCCCAUUGCCCUGCAAUUGUGUUGGAUUUCUCUCUCUAGAGCUGUUUCUGAUAGCCAGCCCCCCCCAGCCCACAGAGGGGAGCCCAGUGACCCUGACCUGUAUGACUCGGUCCCUUCCACACUGGUCAGAUGAUCAGCCCCAGUUCCGCUUCUUCAGAGAUGAACGGGUCCUGAGGCUGGGCUGGAGCAGCUCCCGGGAGCUCCAAAUUGCUGCUGUGUGGAGGGAAGAUUCAGGGUCCUACUGGUGUGAAGCAAAAACAGUGGCACCCAAAGUCUUCAGAAGCCGGAUACUCCAGAUGAACGUGUGGAGAGUCCCCAUCUCUGAUGUGAGCUUGGAGACCCAGCCUCCAGGGGGACAGGUGACAGAGGGAGACAAGCUGGUCUUCGUCUGCUCGGUUGCUAAGGGCACAGGAAACAUCACCUUCCUCUGGUACAAAGGGGCACUGGGUUUAAACCUGGGAACAAAGACCCAGCACUCGCUGACGGCGGAGUUUGAGCUGCCAACGGUGAGGAAGAGUGAUGCUGAGCAAUAUUACUGUGCGGCUGACAAUGGCUUCGGUCCCAAGCCCAGCGGACUGGUGAGCAUCACUGUCAGAAUUCCAGUGUCUCGCCCUGUUCUCACCAUCACGGCACCCGGGGCCCAGGCUGUGGUGGGGGACGUGGUGGAGCUUCACUGUGAGGCCCCUAGAGGCUCUCCCCCGAUCCUGUACCGAUAUUAUCAUGAGGAUGUCACCCUGGGGAGCAGCUCGACCCCCUCUGGAAGAGGAGGGUCCUUCAACUUCUCCCUGACUGCAGAACAUUCUGGAAGUUACUCCUGUGAGGCUGACAAUGGCCUGGGGGCCCAGCGCAGUGAGGUGGUGACACUCAACUUCACAGUGCCUGUCCAGAACAGAAGGGAUCAUCUUACAUCAGGAAUCAUCGAGGGGCUGCUUGGCACCCUGGGUCCCUCCACAGCGGCCCUAUUAUUUUGCUAUUGGCUCAAGAGAAAAAUAGGAAGACGUUCAGUCAGUGAUCCACCCAGGAUCCCUCCCCGCCCUGUACCCCGAGAAUUCACCUACCUCAACUCACCUGCCCCCAUGCAGCCACAGUCUACAUAUGAAAAUGUGAAUGUUGUAAGUGGGGAUGAGAUAUAUUCAUUAGUGUACAGUAUCCAGCAGGAACAAUCAGCAGCAGCAGUAGAACCCCUGGGGACACUUAUAGAGAGUAAGGACCCCUUAGACAUCUACUCUAGGCUGAGGAAGGCGAACGUUACAGACGUGGACUAUGAAGAUGCUAUGUAAAGUUAUGGAAGAUUCUGCUCUUUGAAAACCAUCCAUGACCCCAAGACCCAGAUGUGAUACGUUCUUCAGAGAUUCUGGCAAGUCGGCUUUCCAGUCACCUCACCCAGGUGCUGUUCUCCGUGAGCCUGUUCCUGUAUCUACUGUGAGAUGAAGUUGACACAGCCCUGAAGAAACCACCUAGGAGAACCAACAUGGGCACAGGAGUGGGAAGGAUUUUGUAAUCAGAACCUCAUUCUUGCUGGUUCUUUUAGGAACAGGUCAAAUUGUGUUCUGACUUCUUUUUACAAGAGGAAACAGGAUGAGAUAAAAAAAUUGGGGUGCUGGGGUGGCGGGUCAGUGAAGCUCAGAGUGCAAGAACCCAAGGUGAGUGAUUUUGCAAGACUGCUCCACAGAAAGAGCUGUGUCUAUCAUUUUGUACAAGUGCUUUCUCUGCCCUGACAGUACAAAACCCCAGUCCUAUUACUUUAAUUGAUCAUCUUAUUUCCACCUAAAAUACGUGAUUUGGUUUAUUUUGAGUCACUACUAUCAAAUUAGAAUUAAAACAAAGUGACAUAAAAAGUUAUUGUGAUUACACUCAAUUUUAGUGACAUAUUUUGUACACACAGGCCAAUCUAACAGCCUCCAUAUUUAUUAGUCUUUGUAAGUUUCACCACAUCCAAAGUUCUAUAUUUGUUGUAGCCUCUAGAGGUUUUAUGAAUGCAGUGUUUCUUCUUUUAUUCACACACUUUUGAAAUCUUAGUAAUAUGGUUUGAAGUCUGUAUUUUAAUUUUAAAACAAUCACAUAUUCACUCAUAAAUUAAAACAAUUUAGAGGUAUAUAAAGUAAAAAAUUAAAGUCUUUCUUAUAAGCUAACGUAACAGGUGGUAACCAUUGUUAAAAAC